AUGUACUGUGAUGACCCGGGUUUGGCAAGGGGUUUGCAGGGGAGCUGUGGGGGAUUUGCAAGGGGGCUGUGGGGGGUUUGCAAGGAAGAGAGUGGCAGUGACUUAAGGAGUACGUCGAGCAAUUACGUUAUCGCCGCUAUCGCAACGAUGAAAAUUCAAGACCUUCUCAACUACGAACCUCAAAAGCUACCGCGCUACGAAUAUUACGAUGAAGUACCUGAUUCUCAAGCUUUAGAAUCUUCCGCUUCAACGCUAGUUCCGAGUUCUCAAGCCUCUACGCAAUCGUGGGACUCUCGAGACGGCCCUCGAUCUACUACGCCAACGCCUUGCGAUCAGCCUCGCUCUCCUUCAAUUCAAAUGCCUUCUACGCUAAUUAUACGAAAGCCUGUACCGUUAACGACUCGAUCUGAUCGUAUUCGGAUUAAAACAGCGCUAUUUUUCGGAAUUAAAGCGAAAGAGAUACAAGAGAAAUUAAAGUAUACGGAAAGACAAAUCCGUUUUGCUAAAAAUUCUCUAGCUACCCCUCAAGUUCAUCGACGCGGACGUAAUCCUGCUCUCGACACGCCAAAACAACAACGCCUUAAAGAAUGGCUUCUCGAAUCUCCUUCACGCCGUCGAAUUGCCUGGCGCCAUAUACCUUAUCACGAAUCUUUUCUUACCGAGCUUCGCGGAUACGGUGAAUCAGCUAUAAAAACGGGUUUAAAACGCGCAGGGAAGAAAGGCUUAGAUUCGCUCAAGAAGCGAUUCAAUGGUCUACUGAAAGAGUUGCUCAACAAGCCUUUUCAGACGAAAUUUGAGCUUGCGGAGGAGCAUUUUCACAAUCAUCAAUUCAACCUUGAAAAUUUGCAACACAAACACAGCAAACGUCCAGCUUAG